AUGGGAGCCUACAAGUAUCUCGAGGAGUUGGCCAAGAAGAAGCAGUCUGAUGUCAUGCGCUUCUUGUUGCGUGUUCGCUGCUGGGAGUACCGUCAGUUGAACGUUAUCCACCGCGCUUCCCGCCCUUCGCGCCCCGAUAAGGCCCGUCGUUUGGGAUACAAGGCCAAGCAGGGAUACGUCAUCUACCGUAUCCGCGUCCGUCGUGGUGGUCGCAAAAAGCCCGUUGCCAAGGGUGCCACCUUCGGUAAGCCCGGUGGACACGGAGUCAACCAGCUCAAGUACCAGCGUUCCCUCCAGGCCACCGCUGAGGAGCGUGUCGGCCGCAAGUGCGGAAACUUGCGCGUCCUCAACUCGUACUGGGUCAACCAGGAUUCGACCUACAAGUACUUCGAGGUCAUCCUCGUCGACCCCUCGCACAAGGCUAUCCGCCGCGAUGCCCGCAUCAACUGGAUCGUCAACCCCGUCCACAAGCGCCGUGAGGCCCGUGGUCUUACCUCUGCCACCAAGAAGAACCGUGGUCACGGCAAGGGUCACGGCUUCAAUAAGACCAUCGGAUCUGGUCGUCGUGCCAACUGGAAGAGACGCAACACUCUCUCCCUCCGCCGUUACCGUUAA